AUAAGCAUAUAGUUCAUGUACAGCGAAGAACGACCAACGAAGACAGCAUUCCGUAGUGAUUCGGCAAUCCUGGAGAACUGCAGUCUGCUUGCAUUCAGAUGCCAAGUGAGGGCAACCCGACAAAUUGCACCAGUAAGCUUGGACGCUUGCAAGGACCCACACUGCAAAUUUCAACAAUUCGACGACGGUCUGCAACCAUUAAAAGCAUAUCAGUGGGAAUAUUCGGGGGAAAAUGGACCAGAAAACUGGCGAGGAAUAUGUACAACGGGACAAAAACAAUCGCCGAUUAAUAUCGUAACGAAAGAUGUAAUAAUAAUUGAUCUCGGUGCUCUUAAAUUUAACCGAUAUGAUGUCGCGUUUCCUGCCACAUUUACCAAUAAUGGGCAUUCUGUGGAAAUUCGAGUAAAUGGUAUGCCACCUUUUCUUAGUGACGGAAAUCUGACAAUGUUUUAUGAUCUAGAGCAAAUGCAUUUUCAUUGGAGCGCAGAGCAUACUGUGGACGGUUUACGCGACACAUUGGAAUUGCAUUUAGUGCAUUACAUGAGAAAUUAUGGGAAUGUUAGCGUAGCUGCGCGUUAUACAAACGGAAUUGCUGUGGUUGCCGUUCUAUUUGAGUUGAGCACUGAUGAUAAUCUGGAUCUCUUGCCGAUUGUACAAGCGACGAAGAUAGUAUCGAAUCAGACUGAAAAGAGAAUACACAUGAGACAUAAAGUAAAACCUUUAUCGUUUCUACCAAAGAAUCAUAUGACGUAUUACCAUUACGAGGGAUCUUUAACUACACCCUUAUGCCAAGAAUCUGUAUUGUGGUUUGUUAUGACUGAGAAACUUAAAGUUUCGGAAGCGCAGAUGAACGUUUUCAGACAAGUGAAAGGCAGCCAUGGCCCGUUAAAGUUUAAUUAUAGACCUAUUCAAAAUCUCGGCAACAGAAAAGUCAUCGCAUAUCAUCAUAUAGAAAAAGAUGUAAACUCGUCCUCGAGUGUUGUCUCGAAUGUCUAUCUGGUUCUCAAUAUUCUUCUAGUCAAACUUUUAUGUGACUUUUACUACUUUUAAUAUGAAAUAAUUAAGCGCUAAGCCAGAUUGAUGUUACUUGCAACGCGCUGUGACAAUUCUGAGAUUACUUAUUGCACUGUUUUGAAGAACGAGACAUGUAUAAUUUAUUUUCCUCAAAAAACUUGUUUUCAGAAAAUAAAUAGCACAGUUACAUGACACAGAGAUUUAUAUUAUAAAAGGUAUUUUUGUUUAAUUUACGAAAUAUAUUGAAAAAAGAAACGUUUUUUUACUUUUAAACAGUUUUAUUCUUUUAAAUUCUUUUAGCAGCAACUGAAAACUUUUAAAUUCUUAUAUUUACCUCUUCUACAUUUAUGCCAAGUUCUAUGAAAAUCUGAAUUUUCAGGUUCACAAAGUUCUCUUGUUGGAAAUUUGUUAGAAAAUUAUAUCUGCAUUAUAGUAAAUAUUGAAUAAUGGAGAAAAAUAAUGGAAUAAAAUGUAUUCGAAUUA